GCAGAGCAUGUGCUAUGCCAUCUAUUUAGAUUUAAAAAAUGUGUUCUAUACAAUCAUGAUAUAUGUUUUAUACAACCAUACAAAUAUGUUAUGUACUUUUAGUUCUCUGUAUUAUAUUUAUAUUCCCUUCAUUUCCUAAAAUUGUGCUUAUUAUUUAUUGUUGUUUUCAUUUUGAAAAUGUUGUUAUUUUUUUAUUAUAGAAAAUAAAAAGGAAAAAAUAUCAAAAAUUGGAGAGCAGUAACAAUAUUAUGUGUUAUUUAUUAAUGACAUACGAUGUGCCGUAGAAGAAGAUGGCUCAGCACCGCAGCCCUUUAUCCUGUAUCAUCUCAUCUUGAAUUGGGAAUUUGUGCUCUCCCAAAUAUGGAAAGUACCCGCCACGUGGCGGAUUCCUAGAGCAGCAAGUGUCCCCCUUUGGCCAGACGUGGCAAGUGAACCACAUAUACAACAAAAUAUGAUACCGUACAGAAGAGAGGGACCAUCGAAUUGGAUAAACUGAAGAAGCAAAGGCACACUGUAGACUAGACUGUAGAAGAAAUGCCCAUAAUCAAAUCCUCACCACCCCCAUGGCAGGUCCUGGACCUCGUCGCCCAACACCUGGACCCGGAGUCCCUUGCCGCCGCUAGCUGCGUCUCCAAAUCAUGGUCCAUUUCCAUGUCCUCCGACCACCUCUGGCAGCCCCUCUGCUCCGCCGCCUACCCCUCCCUCUCCGCCCUCCGCGCCCGCGCCGGCGAAUCCGUCCCCUACCGGAGACUCUACUCCCUCGGCCGCGUCGCCGACAACCGGCGCCUCCGAAGCCCCCCGAAACCCCGGCUCUCCCUCGGCGAUCUCCUCUUCUCCGUCGACAUCCACAGCCGCCGCGAGCGAAUCGCCACCGUGGUGAAGCCUGGGCGGGAGCUGCAGGUGGACCGGAACGAGAUAUUCCGGUUCGACAUGGAGGUGGAGACGGAGGCGGAGGUGGAGGCGGCGACGCUGGAGAAGCUGAGGAUCACGUGGAAUGUGGUGGUGGAGGGGUAUAAGGGAGUGUUUGGGAUGAUGGAGUGUGAGGGGAAAGGGAACUUUGUAUUUGGAUUGGAGGGGUGGUUCUCGAAGGAGCUGCCGGCGGCGGGGUGCUGCUCCGGUGGCGGAGUGAGUGGGCUGGUGGCUGAUCUGCGGCUGGGGUUCCGGCACGGCGGCGGAGAGGGGAAGGCGGUGGUGGAGAGGGUUAGUGUGGGGGUGUUGAAUAUAGUGAGUUGGAGAUAUGUGUGGGUGGAGGAUGCUCUUAGGUACUUGCAGCAUUUUCUUUUGCCAUCUUUUGAUUAAUUCAUUCUUCCAUUUCAGAAUAUACUUACUAGCAUUUAAUAACUAUUUAUUUUAUUAAAAAAAUCAAAAUAUUAAAAGAAAAUAAAAAAAAAAAAAUGAUGGAAUGAACCCUAAACCCAAAUCGAUCUUUUAAUAUAU